UACUUGGUCAUGAACGUGAUUGGUAUUCUUCCAGUGUGUAUCACUUGGAUCUUGGUGAGCGCAGGUGAUCACAUACCAGAAGGACACAACCUUACUGUACACGUGCACUGCGGGAACGAGACGGUGGGUGGUUCUGUUGAAGUGAUUAGCGAUCUGGUCAUCUCUGCCACGGCGACAUGCUCGGCUGAAUACAGGGACACCUUGACGCAGCUGGACAACGCGACACACCCAACACACAUAAUAUCUGUAGUAUACAGCGGGGACAACACCCGUGCGUGUGUGUUUAGCAAAAGAGAAGACGUGUACUCAAUAGAGAUUGUUGUAGAAUGGCGAGAGUACCCCGCAGCUCCCCCCAACAAGGAAAUCUACCACGUCAGGUGCAUCUACAACGGCAGCACCAGCAUCGGUCAAGUGAGCCACCCCGUUCUUAAAAAUGUCAUUUAUCCAAGAGUAAUCGAGGUCUACCAAGGCAAGCUAUCGAAACGAAACUUCUCCCUGUUGCUUGUGGAUGUUCUAAACCAAAACCUGGUAGGGGUCAACAUCAGGACCGGAAAGACGGUCCAACUGAAAGCAUUUGUUGGUCCUGAUACAUCCAUGAUGGAUCAAGGAGCAGGAGCCGGUCCUUUCAACAUACGAUCUGUAGGACGUGACGAAAGAACCAUCUAUCCAGUCUCGUGCGACGCUGUUGGCGCCACCCAUGGCACGAGAUACACCAUUCUCAGAGCAGGGUGUGGUGACGGUAUAGUGUUUCAUCAAGACGCUGGUUUUUCAAUCAAGAGAAACGUAGCCGAGAGUCCUUAUUUUAAAUAUUUUCAUAUCGAUGGAGAUGAUCAGAUGAAAUUUGAGUGCAAUUUUACAGUUUGUGAAAAUUGUGAAAAUGAGAAUUCUUGCUCAAACAAGCCCAAAUCAAGCUUGAACCUGGAUAAACUGUGGAACGAGUUUGUGCAGUGGCUCGCAAAAACAAAAAUCAGCAUACUUGGCAAACGAUCAGUUCCAGAUUUGGAACCAAGCAUUUGUGUCAAAAGUAAUGUUAUAAAAAUAGAGCAAACCAGGUAUUAUUCAGAUAACGGAAGCACGUUUCCGAUAAACGAUGUAGAUAUCCAGCCAUCUUCUCCUGCCCAGAAUCAUCGCCAUGAGAGUGACGUGGACAACACGAAUGGUCAAGUGACAGGCGCCGGACAAGAGACUUCUGGAUUGAAAACGGUCAUCAGUUGGCCCCAGAAGGUCGUUAUCUGUACCAUGGGAAUAAUAAUCGGCGCUGUCAUGUUCGUUAUUGUUAUAUGUGUUUGUCAUGACCAACAUAUGUGUUCAGCGAGAGCUGAAAACGUGAGAAUUACAAAUGGAGCGAUUUAAUAAAUAUUAUCGCAUC